AUGAUUAAACCUUCCAAUGAUUAUAUUGAAUUUUCUAAUAUUCAGAAAACACAGAAACAUAGAUUUGUAUGUUACGCCGAUUUUGAAUCUGUUAUCUAUAAAAUUGAUUCUGUUAACAAUUCUCCUAACAAAUCUUGGAGUGAGAAUGUUGGUAAACAUAAGGCCUCUGCUUUCUGUGUGAUUGUUGUUGAUUCUUUCACUCAGAGCAUUUACGAAAUGAAGAGCUAUGUUGGAUAUAAUACUAUUUUAAAAUUCAAUGAGUAUAUCUUAGAUGUAUGUGCAAGACUAUUGAAUAAAGGUGAUGAGAAAAUGAAAAAUUUAACCAAUGAAGAGUUAGAAUGUUAUAAUAACUGUAAUUCAUGUCCUCAGUGUGAGAAUGUGUUUGAUGGGGAUAAAGUUAGAGAUCACGAUCAUUGGACUGGAUUAUACAGAGGGCCUCUAUGUAAUGCAUGUAACCUAUUGAAAUGUAGAAAUAAUUUUAUACCAGUAUUUUUCCAUAAUCUUAAAGGCUAUGACUCACAUCAUAUAAUUUGUGAUGAGGAAUCAAGCAAACUAUUGAAGAAAAAAGGUGUUGAAAUUAAAAGCAUCUCAGCAAAUAUAGAAAAGUUUAUUAGUUUCAGUUAUAUAUACAAAAAUCCUAAACGAUGUGAAAUAAGAUUUUUAGAUAGUUUUGGUUUUAUGCCUUCCAGUCUGGACUAUCUCAGCAGUAACCUACAAGAUGAAGAAUGUGUGAUUACUAAUAAGUAUCACAAGAAUGAAAAGAUGUUUAAUCUAUUAAGACGCAAAGGUGUGUAUCCAUAUGAUUUUAUGGAUUCCUUCAAAAAGUAUUCUAACGAAGAACUUCCUCCAAUUGAAAACUUCUACAAUGCUCUAUCUGGUGAAAAUAUUAGUGAAGAGAGUUAUAAAUAUGCUCAGAAAGUAUGGAAGGAAACAAAUUGUAAAACUUUAGAAGACUACACUAGAAUUUAUAUGAUUAAUGAUGUGCUACUAUUAAAUAAACGAGUUGGAUCUACCAAUAAACUAAUAAAUGAUUUUAGUCCAAAGAGAAAUUAUGUAAUACAUUAUAAAGCCCUUUUGCAAGUUUUAGAUCAUGGAUUAAUUUUGAAGAAAAUUCAUAGAGUUAUUACUUUUAAAGAAAGCAAUUGGUUAUCUUCUUACAUAGAACUGAAUACUAACUUGAGAAAAAAUGCCAAGAAUGAUUUUGAGAAAGACUUUUUCAAGCUCAUGAACAAUUCUGUCUUUGGUAAAACUAUGGAGAACGUUAGAAAUAGAGUGGAUGUCAAAGUGGUGUCAAAUAUGGAUAAAGUUAUGAAACUAGCUGCUAGCAAUAAUUUUAAACAGAGACAUAUUAUAAAUGAGAAUAUGAUUUUAGUAGAGAUGACUCAGAAGAAUAUUAAAUUAGAUAAGCCAAUUUAUGUGGGGAUGUCUAUUUUAGAUUUGAGCAAGUAUCUAAUGUAUGAGUUCCACUAUGAUGUGAUGCUUCCAAAAUAUUCUUCGAAUUUGAGACUGUGCUAUCAAGAUACUGAUUCUUAUAUUUAUGAAAUUAAAACAGACGAUGUUUAUGAAGAUAUGUUAGCUAUGAAAGAACACUUUGAUUUUUCGGAUUAUCCAAAAGAAAAUAAACUUCAUAGCAUUGAGAACAAAAAAGUUAUUGGUAAAUUUAAAGAUGAGUUGAAUGGUAAAAUAAUGACUGAGAUUGUAGCCUUUAGACCAAAACAAUAUGCUUUUAAAACUGAUGAGGGAAUGGAGUCUAAAAGAAAUAAAGAUAUUUUAUUAUUUCUUGAGGUGGGUCCAAACCAAAAGAGUCAAAAUAAUAAUAUUCACUUUUAUUUACUUUAUAACAGACCCAAUGAGUACCUUUAUUAUCUGAACUAUCAAGAUUAA